AUGAAGCGGUCUCAAGGGAAACCCUCCGGUCGUGGUUUUGAAGGACCCCGCUCGGGCUUCGGAGGCUUUGGCACCGCAGCCUCCGGAACCUCCCUGUCAUAUCUCGCCGAGCCUCCCUCAUUCUCAGCUAUUUCAGAUCCGAAUGUUGUUGUGUCGCUGAAGAAUGUUUUGAAGAAAGACAGCACUACCAAGGCCAAAGCGCUUGAAGAGCUACUAGCUUAUGUGCAAGCUCACCCAUUUGAGAAGGAUGGCGGGGUAGAAGAGGGCAUUUUGGACGUCUGGGUCCAAAUAUAUCCUCGUACGUCAAUAGACAACUCACGACGAGUGCGUGAGCUUACUCACAAUCUUCAAUUCGAGCUUAUGAAAUCUGCUCGAAAGAGAUUUGAGCGUCAUCUACCAAAGAUCGUCGGCGCAUGGCUCGCUGGUUUGUAUGACCGCGAUCGCGUAGUCGCCAGGGCUGCUAGCGAUGGUCUAACCCCAUUUCUCAACACCCCUGAAAAGGUCAUUGCGUUCUGGAACAAGUGCCAGGCUCAGAUCCUUGACUAUGCUAUCGAUGCUAUUCAGGAAACACAAGACACCCUCAGCGACGAGCGCUCAACAAAUGCCGAAGAUGCUGAGGCCAAGUACUUCCGAGUUGUUACUGCCAGUUUGGCCCUUGUUUUGGGUCUCCUGCAAAAGGUUGAGCCAAGUAAUCUGGAGAAGUUGCAAUCACGUUAUGAUGACUUUUUCGCGGAAGAAAAUGUCUGGAAGACAAUCACCUAUAGCGAUUCAGCAGUCAGGAAGACUGUGUGCCAGCUACUCUUCGCUUCUAUCGACCGAAAGCUACCCUAUGCAGACGAUACAAAGGUCAAGCAGGCCUUUAUCACUGGAGGGUUAAAGACUAACCAGGCUGGCUCAGCUCUUGAGUAUGUACGAGCUCUAACAAAGAUGACACAAACAUACCCCGAUGUUUGGACAUCUGCAAAGACUUCGAGCGGACCAAAGUCACCUAUAGGCAGACUUCAAGCGUUUAUCUCCAAGGGGUCACAGGGAAGUCCCCCAAAAUUCUGGGAAUACUUGGAUCAGUUGUUGAUGGUUUUGCCAUCGGACUUGAUUACACCUGAGGUUGCCUCGCAGUUUCUUUCAUCUCUCAAAUCGGGAAUCACACAUCGCGAGGAACCUCGAACCAACACUUCAUUUGCUUGGAAGUGCUUUAUCGAUACCGCCAAGCGAUCGCUCAAGAACCUACCCGACGAUGCCCAAUUACCUUUUGUUCAGGAACACCUGUUCCCCCUUAUCGAGCAAUUCCUUUUCUCCGUGUCCGAGAAGCCCGUUGCUAUCCCUAUGGGCCCGAACGCCAUUUCCGUCUUGGUAGAAGCUUACAUCGCCACUGUCCAAGCAUCUCCAUCUGUUGUAUCUGCCUCCGAAGAGGAAUGGAAUCGCCUUGCCAGCAUCUUCUGUGCCAAGAUCUCUGGUUCUCUGCCCGAAGUUUCACGAGAGUACCAGCAGUCCCAGGAAAAGAUCUCAGAGGAGGGUCGACGAUGGUUUGGUCUCAUUGGUCAGAUUGAGGACAAGAUUGCCGAGUUGACUGAUGAUGUUCCCGACCACACGGCUGAGCCCUCUCUCAAUGCUAUCAGCCAGAGCAUCUCCCUUCUAGAGAGUCGUAACCUGAAGCCUUUUGGUGCAGCACGAAUCAUCGAGUAUGCGCUUAGCAUGGCACCUCGCCUCUUCCACGGCGAUGGUAUUACAAGGCUCUCGACAUUCUUCACCUCAAUGGCGCGGGAUGACGCUGCCAAGGCUGUUUCCUCGCCCUCUUCUCGAUACCUGCUCUCGUCCCUCCACCUCCUUGGCUCUGUUUCCACCCAGUUCGCGCCUAUCUGGAAUUCUUGGGUUGAGGCCGUGCUCGACCUGCCCUCCGAGGCCACGCGCGAUGUCGCUCUUGCGUCUCUCAUUUCUAACGAUAGAGGAGCUGUUCUUGCCAAGGGUAAUAUGGACUUGCAAAAGCAUAUCAUAGGUCAGGCCGUACUUCUCGCAGUCGGUAACAGCAACGAUUGGGAAUUGUUGGAGGCUGCUGUUACUUACCAGACUCUGACUGAUAGCAAUUACCGAGAGCUUGUGCAAGCUCUUGUCGAGAUUCUUGAGAAGGACCCACAGAACACAGCGUCUACACUGCAGGCUUUGGAAAUUGCCGCUAAGGGUCGACCUGAACUGUUCUCUAGAGACGAGCGUGUACAUACAACAUUGGUCGCGCUGCUUCUGGGUUUGUCUGAGCUUGAAGACUCCGCAGUUUCCUCCAAGGCCACCGCCAUUCGCAAUCUCUUGGAUAGUCAUACUGGUGGCAAGUUGCCUGUUGUUGCCGUGGUUCAAGCCAACCUCGAACGAGCGGGAACACAAUCUCUGGAUAUCGACACAUUGGUAUCGCAGGCGCAAAGUGCUGCUUCCAGCGAUAUCCCGUCCGAGGAGCUCUUCCCAAGCACGAAUGUCUGGAUGAAAGAGCUUGCACCAUUCUUGGAACUGUCUAUUAACCCCUCCUUAUCAAUUACCAACAGUACCGGUGGCGCUGCUGCCCUAGUCAAGGGAGCACCUCGGUCUACACAGCUGCGAGUUCAUCGUGACAGAAAGGGACGCGCUAUCCCCACCCGAAUGGCCCUUUACGUGUCGCAGCUCUCAGAUAAGCUUCCUCUGUCGCAACUGCCGAAGCCAUUCCAGCUCGAGCUUCUAUACCUUCAGUGUUUGACUGUACAGCUCAUCUCUGAUCAGAUCACUUGUGUGGAGGACAACCGGCUAUGGCAAAGCCUUAAGCACGCUGAAGCCAGUGCUCAAGCCGAGGAGUUCGUCUCCAAGACACGUGGUAUUCUGAACGAUCUGGCUGCCGACGCCAAGGCCUGGAGUGAGACCGAGGAGAAGCCAAUUAUCCAGGAACUCAUUGAUCUUCUGACCGAGCACUCGAAGGAAUUGUCGCCCAGAGGAAUUUACAGUGCAAGGGCGCUGAGUGAGCUUAUUCAAUGCUUGGCAGAAGCCCACGGGGCAUCAUCCAGCUUUGAAGACGCUCUUAUGAAGCCUGACAUGCUCAAAGUUGGCCCUACAACUGUCCUUCCCGCCUCGGCCAUCAUUGCAGGAUUUGGCGAGACUCUCCAACCCUCUAAAGCCGCCAACAACUUCUGCAAUAGGAUUGUAAGCGAGAUUGCGGGAGCCAAAGUCGAGAAUGAGAAUACUCUCAUGACUCUUGUUCUGCUUUCAUCUUGUGCUCAAAUUUAUGAGGCGGGUGAGCUGCCUGUAGCGAACAACCGAAUUGUUUUCGCUGUCCGUCAAAUCACUUCUUGGCUUGAUGAGCCUGAGAACUUGAGUCCAGCCCUCUGCGCCGAGAUCUGCCGCGCUCUGAACAAGCUUCUCCCAUGUAUGAAGGAUGUCUAUGGCUCUUACUGGGAGAAGAGCAUCGAGUUCUGUAUCUCGCUUUGGAACCGCGCUCACGAGUUUGAACUAGAUGAAGCUCUCCCCUUCAUCCACUCUUCACUAAAGCUCUACAAGACUAUCGAGACUCUUCCUGAGCCCAAUGAUGAUCUUGAAGAUGCCCUGAAGGAGUACGCCAGUGCUAAGCCCAGAGCUCUAGUUGAGCUUCUGCGCCUCGAUCGCGACACGACUUCUCAGCCUCUCGAGAUCGUGGAUGCUAUGCUUUGCCGAGAAGUCGAGAAGAUCUCCCUUCGCCAAGUCCCCGAUCUUUCCGAUCUCUUUGGUUUGGUGGCAUCCGACUCGCGUGAUAUCCAGACUGCUGCGUUCAAUUUGCUUCACAAAGCUCUUCCUGAGCAACAACAGCAGAAGUCCGUUGACGCUAUGCUGGACAAGACAGAUGCUCGACUGCCCGAUGAACUUCUGUCUCUUCUACUUGACGCCCCCACGCUUGAAAAGUACUCUGACGAGAUGCUCGCGGAGUUCCCCUCAUCCAUCCGCUCAUAUCUCCUAUCCUGGAAGCUUGUGUUCGACGCUUACUCGACUUCCUCCUUCAAGAUCCGUAACGACUUUAAUGAAAACCUCAAGCAAGAUAAUUACGUGGCGCCAUUGCUAGACUUCAUGUUUGACGUCUUGGGCCAUUCGGCUGCGCAUCCUCUGAAGCUCGAAAAGAUCAACCUUACUUCGGAGCACAUUAAAGACUAUGAUGUCAAGUUGGCAGAGUCAGAACCAGAAGAGAAGAACAUGCAGUGGUUGCUGGUUCACAUUUUCUAUCUCCUGCACAAGUACACACCUGGGCUGUUCCGAGCCUGGUACAUCGAUUGUCGCUCAAAGCAGACACGAAUCGCCGUCGAAUCUUGGACGACCAAGUACUUCUCGCCUCUUAUCAUCGCUGAUGCUCUUGACGAAGUGCAGCAGUGGGCUGAUACUCAAGAACCACCCGCCAUGGAUGAGAAAGAACUUGUUGUGCGAGUCGCUCGAGCCGCCCGAGAGAUCACAGCUGGCUACGAGGUCGACGAAAGCAUGGCUGCUAUCUCAAUCAAGAUCCCACAAAACUACCCAAUCGAGAACGUCGUGGUGCAAAGUCUGAACCGUGUCGCCGUCAAUGAGAAGAAGUGGCAGAGCUGGAUCAUGACUACACAGGGUGUGAUCACCUUCUCCAAUGGCAACAUCAUUGAUGGUUUGCAAGUGUUCAAGCGUAACAUCAUUGGUGCUCUCAAGGGCCAAAGCGAGUGUGCCAUCUGCUACAGUAUCAUUUCAACGGAUAAGCGCAUGCCGGAUAAGCGAUGCACAACCUGUAAGAACCUGUUCCACAGGACUUGUUUGUACAAGUGGUUCCAGAGCAGUAACCAGAAUACUUGCCCGCUGUGCAGAAACCCCAUCGACUACUUGGGUGCAGAUACGCAGAAGAGACGUCAGGGUUAG